AUGAGCAAAGGCGACGAUUGGAGAGUCUGUCUAGCCUACCAGGGCCCGGCUCGCACUGCGCAAUCUUCGGCCCGCCCUGGUCAUGCUACCAACAUAGUGACGCUAUUUCUAAUCGUGGAUUACAUGUCCGACUGGGCCCGGGACGUCUACAGGACGGCCGUCAUCGGGGAGAUGAGGACCCUAGCGGCGCCCAACACAAACCUUCCCACAGUCUUCACCGACACGGACAUAUUCUCGUCCAGAGACGUGGUACUCGAUCCCGACCUGGUUGCCGACUGGGAGAAUUCCGACGAGGUGCCGGAACAAGAUCACCGCAAUCCCCAGGGCGGCGUUCAAUUUUCGCCCAACUCCGUCCGUCCCGUUGCCCUCACGCCCGACCAGAUCAGUUCCAUCGAAGAGCGGUGGACCGGCCACUCACGGCUCAAGGCGCCAUUUCAUCUCACAGACAAGAGGCUUUAUACCGUCUACGAUGUCAACUACUCUCUGUUGCCUUCGUGGGACCAGGUGCGGGAACUCUGUCUCAUCGCAAUCGAGGCGCAAGCGUUCGACGCUGGUCGCCAAGUCCAGGUUGAAAGCAGCCGCAAAGAGCAAGCCGUCUGCGGAACCCAACAGCGCGGUCAUCCAGUUCAUCAACCAGCCGGCACCGAUUCGUACCUGGAUACAACUUUCACAAGAAAAGGCAACCUCGAGCCCGAUCUCCCAUUUUUCCGCACAUCUGGGUCGUCCGAGAUCCAAAAGGCGGCACCCCAGAACGUGGGCGGCGCAGCGACUCUCGCCGACGACGACCUGGAGGCUCGCAUCUGUGUUAAUCUUGUCAGGGACUCUCGCGAGCGGCCGAACCAGAGCGAGCUGGGCCUGAUCAUCAAGCGUACCUUCGAGGACCACGACGUCUACCACACCACUCGCGAUCACGGGACGUUGAAUCCCUGGAACGUAAAACAAAGCCGUGACAUAUGGAAUUUGACAUGUUCCUACGGCGUGUUCUUUUCCUACGGAAGAAGCAGCUUCGUCAAGUGGCUGCGGAAGCUGGACGAGCCGCUCUCGACAAGGCAGGUCUCUCCACGCGGACGCCACGCCACGGGCCGCGUCAUGUUUGAGCGGGAAUACAGCCCCUGGCACGACCCCCGUCUCAUUUACAGGAUCUACUGCCGCGAGAAAAAGAAGUUCUUCAAGCGGCUGUUUGUGGCCGAGGUCACCGCGUGGGCGAGGAUCGCACAGGAGCGCAUCCGCCAGGGGAAUGACUGCUACCCCUUGUGCGCGACCGUCGACCCAUAUAGAAGAGCGGGUGACAGCGUCCUAGAACUGCUUGUGAAGUGGAAGAGUGGUAGGGAGACAUGGGAGCUUUACGAGGACGUGGCCCAGUCGGAGAGGGAGGCGCUUGACGAGUAUGAGCGUCUUCGUGGACAGGUUACUACAGAUACUGUCUGAGAGUUUGCCUCGGUUGCGUAAUAGCUUCUUCCUGCGCUACCU